AUGAAAUUAUCAAUACCCUUUUACAUCGCUUACCUCAUUGCCAGCUCUUCCCACAUCAUGGCGCAGUCUGAUUCGUGCCAGAUGUUACCUACAGCAGGUAGCCUUGCAACCACGCCAUUUUCGACAGCCACAACUACCUUUACAACCGGCAGUGUCACACAAGUUGCUCUAGUGGAAUAUUUUGAAUCAAUUACUUACGUUAGCAAUUGUUCGCCCUCAACAUCGAUAGGUACAACAACUAUACCCGUAUUUUAA